AGACCACAGCAGACACUUCAUUCAUAUCUAUCCCACUUCUCCUGCACCGUUUCCUGCAGAAACUCUUGUUCCGUUGUCCUCAGCCUGCAUCUCCUGCAGCGGCAACACUCUCUCCUCCCUCAGCGCAACUUUUGGAAAGUGAAAAAAAGAAAAGCAGCUCUCCUUCUCGCGAUAGCAGCUUCCUUAUGCAGCCGCCAUAUUCUGUGACAGUAUUUUGAUUCGUAUCUGCUGGAAGUGAGGAAAAAGAGAAAAGUGAAGGGCUGUCGAGGGGAGGGGGGGCUGAAGAAGAGGAGCUGUCAAAAAGUGAUUCCCUAUUCUCUAUCAAACGGCGGAGAGCUGGGGCCAGGUAUCCCUUCAUUAACGCUGUUUCGAGGACACACAAGGCCCGGAGCCUCGGUGCAGUUGGCUAUUCAUCUCCCUGGUAGUAGCUGGACUCCUCUCGGCUUCGACUGUCCCAGCUCCGCGGCCCUCUGGAGGUCCGGCGGCGGUGUCGGGUGUUGAAGGCGGCCUGGGGAGCGGUGGCGGCGGCGGCAGCGGAGACGGAAAGAAGAUGUUCAAGAUGAAGGCACCUUGCUGCCACGCCUGACGCCCCAGUGCGCUUAACAGAACAAGCAGUCCUGACCUGGCAACAUACGAAUGGCCCAGGGAAGCCACCAGAUUGAUAUUCAGGUUUUGCAUGACCUGCGCCAGAAGUUCCCUGAAGUCCCAGAGGGUGUUGUCUCCCAGUGUGUUCUGCAGAACAACAACAACCUGGACGCCUGCUGUGAAUACUUGUCCCAGAUCAGUCCGGGCUACCUGUACAGUGAAGAAGGACACCUCAGCUUCUCCGACGACCCCGGCUUCAUUAGGCUUCGUAAUCAUAUGACCCAGUUGAACCUGGGCCUGCAGUCUCAGAAUGUGCAUUUGGCCCCGGUUCGGGACAGCCUGAGAAUGAACGGCAGUCGGACUCUGGCCCACAGCCUGAGUGACGGGCCCCUUCAGACAGGACAGGCCCCCAACAGUGACUUCUUUCAGCAGGAGCCACAGUCAGCCCCAGUGCAGGUGCCCUCCAGCAUCAAUGUGUUUGGUGUGAUGGAGCCAACCCGUAAACCGCAGCCCCCCCAACACCUAGGACUCUACCCUCUGGGUGUCAAAGGAACAACUAUGGGUGUCCAGCAGACCCCACGCUUCAAUCCCAUCACCGUGACGCUAGCCCCCCAUAUUCAGACAGGACGCAACACCCCCACUUCUCUGCACAUACACGGCGGGCCCCCGUCGGGCCUCAACAGUCCACAGGGUAACUCCAUCUAUAUCCGGCCCUAUGUGAGCCAGUCUGCUGCGAGCCGGCAGAACCAGCCGCAGGGGGGCCGGGCCCAGUACAGCCCCACCUCCCAGCCCCAGCAGCAGAUCUACCAGAUCUCACACCCCUCCUCCCUGUCGGGCACCUGGUCUGGCCCUCAGCACGCCUCGUCCUCACAUACCUCACAGCACCAGACCUCUCAUGUCUACAUGCCAAUCAGCUCCCCCACAAACCCCCAGGCCCCCUGCAUUCUUCCCACUGCAACCCAGGCCUCUUCCUCUGGUGUCUCCUCGUGCUCUUCCUCCUCCUCCUCCGUCAUGCCCACCUCCCUAUCGACCAUCAGUCAGUACAACAUCCAGAACAUCUCCACCGGCCCCAGAAAGAAUCAGAUAGAGAUUAAACUAGAAUCCCCUCAGAGAAACAACUCCACGACCACGACAGCCGUGCUGCGGACGAGCAGCGGGGCCCGCUCCUCCUCCGCCUCUUCCUCUUGCCCUUCCUCUUCAUCCACUUCAACUGGGGUGACUACGGUCCCCAGCACCCCUUUGUCCAUCGGAGGCCCCGGUCUGAGCCGCAGCCAGCCCACUGUUUACAUCUCUGCCAGCCCCCCUGCUGCGGCCCCAGCGGCCUGUGAGGAGGCGGCCUUGGCCCCUGCCGGUGCUCGAUCCCAGCCCAAGUUUUACAUUUCUGCUAAUGCCUCCAGUGACGAUAGUGGUGGUGGUAGGAACCCUCCCACAGUCUACAUCUCAGCCAACCCUCCCAUGCAGGGACCCUCAGGGGCCAGGAACAUGGGGGGCCAAGUGAGCAUGGGCCCUGCCUACAUCCACCACCAUCCACCUAAGUCCCGUGCCUCUUUAGGAGGGGGAGGCACAGCUUCCUCCCCACGUGUUGUGGUAACUCAGCCCAACACCAAGUACACUUUUAAAAUCACAGUGUCCCCCAAUAAGCCCCCGGCUGUGUCCCCUGGAGUCGUGUCCCCAACUUUUGAGCCCAACAACCUCCUCAGCCUCCCCGCCGACCACCACUUUGUUGAGCCCGACCCCCUCCACCUCUCCGACCCGCUGUCGCCUCACAGGGAGAGGCCGAGCGAGCCGCGCCGACUCAGCAUGGGCUCUGACGACGCUGCGUACACACAAG